GUUCCAUGGCAACGUGACGUCAUCACCGCGCGCCGCCCGCAUUACGUCAUCACGCCGCGACGCGUCUCCAUGGCGGCGGCGAGCACCGGGCGGUACCGGCGGGGGCGCUGCCUGGCCCUGCGCAGCAGCAGCUCGGCCCUGUACAACAACCUGGCCGUGCUGUGCCCUCCGGGCCGGGCCCCGGCCUUUGGCACCGUGCACGGCACCACCCUCAGCCUGCUGGGCACCGAGGGGCACCCCCGGCAGCUGCAGGCACGGGGAGGGGGCUCUGCCCUCAGCACCCCGCUGCUGACACAGGCCGCGUGGUGCGAGCUCCCAUCGAGGGUGCUGCUGGUGCUCACAUCCCAACGUGGGGUCCAGAUGUACGAGGCUGAUGGCUCCACCAUGGUGUUCUGGCACGCGCUGGACGUCCCGGAGAUGCCACCAGCACAUUCCGUGUUCGCCCGGGGCAUCGCCGCAGCUGGCGGCCGCUUCGUCUGCGUGGGGACAUCCUUUGGGGCCGUGCUGGUGUUUGACAUCCCCCCAAAAGGGACCAACGUGACGCUGAGCCAGGUCCUGGAGCAGCACCGGGAUCCCGUCACCGACAUCGCGGCCGAGCAGGGCCAGGCCCCGGACGGGGCUGGGGACCUGGUGACAGCUGAUGACUCCGGGACCCUCUGCCUGUGGAGCAGCGGGGAGGAGUUCACCCUGCUGGGGAAGAUCCCGGGAUCUGGCUGCACCUGCUCCUCGGUGGCGCUGUGGAACGGGGUCGUGGCUGCGGGCUACGGGAACGGGCAGAUCCGGCUGUGGGAAGCAGGGUCGGGGCAGAUCCGUGCCCAGGUGAGCGCCCACGCCCGCUGGAUCUACGCGCUGGACCUGGCACCGCUCACCGGCAAGCUGCUGUCGGGUGCAGAGGAUUCCUUUGUCCACGUCUGGAAGCUCAGCAGGGACCCGGACACGGAUGACAUCGAGGUGCAGCACUGCCACGCCGAGUGCGUGACGGACACGCAGGUUUGUGGCGCUCGUUUCUGCGACCCCGCCGGGGACACCUUCGCUGUCACCGGCUACGACCUGAGCGAGAUCCUCUGCUACGGCCCCGCCUGAGCCGCGGCUGACACCGGGAAUGCUGCCCGAAGCCUUCCCGAGGGUUGGGAGCUGCUGCAGCAUCCCCGAGGGGAUCCUCCCGUGGCUGCCACCGGCUCCGGGAUCCUCCCGUGGCUGCCGCCCUUCCCGGAGGGUGGCGUGGCUGGGAACGGGCCCGGUUCAGACGGGAGGAUCCCGGCAAACCUGUGCUACCGGCUGCUCCGGCCGGGAGAGCCCCAGCGUCUGCCAGCCGCGGCUACCGGGGUGAGGAAAAACGGGGGACAUGGGGGGUCCUGCCCCCCGACCCCCUCCAGAUCCCAAAUCCCCGCGGGAUGCUGCACUCCCAUGGCCGCUGGCCAGAUGUUUGAGGCUCCAGCUGUGCUGCGGGGCUGGAAACGGCAGCACAGCUGCAGUGGGACCCCAGGGACGUCCCCAGGUCCCCUCCAGCCCCCCUGACUGUCCCUGACCCCCCCAUGGGAGAUGAGGUGACCCCAGGCUCUGCUCCCAGGGCCCUGCGAGGCUGGAGGGGGAAAUGGGGGGCCCUGAUGUGGGGGAACCCCCCACCCCUCCCCUCCUGCCGUGACGGGGAUCUCCCCCUCCCACCCUCUAGGUCCCACUCGUGUCCCCUCAAUGUGUGGGUUAAGUCUCCCCACAUCUGUUCCCCACCCCCCAAUAAAUACACCCCAGUGAA